AUUCCCCCGCCCCCGCCCCCGCCCCCGCCCCCUCCCCUUCUCUCUCCCGUGUCUCCGUGCGACGCAUCGAUGAAGCCCGUUCCUCUGUACGUGUACCACUCGAUGGACGAGCAAGGCGCCACCGUCGCCAUGGACGUUGACGACGGCGAUUCCCUGGACGUGAUCACCGACGCCCUGCCGGACAAACCCCUUACCGAUGACUACUUCUUCAAUGCGUUCGAGGACGACUUUGACGACAGUGACAUCAAUUGAGCGUCUUCCUCGUCCUAGUCACUUCAGCAUGUGGAUAGCAGUGUCUUGCUAUAUUUUACUCUCCAUCCAUGGGAUUCAGUGGAUUGCAGAGCUUUAUUCCCCUUCGUAGUGUUUGAUCGGUAGUUUGCCUCUUAGGCUGCCGACGGAUGUUAGUACUUCUAUAAAAGGAAAACUUUAUUGUGGCUCUAUGAGUUUUGCUCUUUCCGGCUCUUCUUGUGGGUUUCUUUUAUGUUUGUUGUAUCCGUAAUAAACAAGCACUUGAUCAAGUCAAGCGGGAUCGAUUUGGGCA